AGUGCGCACCUCGUCACUGAAACCAGUUAGCAAAAGAAAUUGUUGUUCAAGCUUAAACCGAUAUCUACGUCACUGUUCGAUCAUUUCGAAUGCAAAUUAUUCCCAGAUUAAUAAAAUAGGUCGCCAUCCGUGGCGCUGCCGCCGGGCUGCGGACCCGAACUUACGGCGGAAAAUAUCGGGACCAUUUUAAUAAAACCAUUCAUGAUACACAAGCUUAAACACUUACAAUCGAGCAUACGCAUACCAAAAACCAAACUCAAAGUGAAAGUUCAGAUCCUGGAAAGUAAAAAGUGAUGCAUGUUAAACAGUCAGACGUAGCUGAAUUAUAAGCAAUGACCAAUUGAAGUGAUAGUCUGGAGUUUGAUAACCAGGUGAAGAAGAUAUUUAUACGAAGUACAAAGUGGGCAACGAAAACCAUCGUCUCUAACAACAAUGAAAAAGGGAGUGCUCCUGAAUACGCGAUACCAAUAAUAAAUAUACGAUCAUAUUCGACCACGUCAACCAUCAUCGAAUUCUCCAUCGCCACAACUGUAUUAAAACAAAUUAAUUAUGAUGCUAACAACUGAACACAUAAUGCAUGGGCACCCGCACUCGUCCGUAGGGCAGAGUACUCUAUUUGGGUGCUCCACGGCGGGACAUAGCGGCAUAAAUCAGCUGGGCGGCGUAUAUGUUAAUGGCCGGCCGCUGCCCGACUCGACGCGUCAAAAAAUUGUAGAAUUGGCUCAUUCCGGCGCACGUCCUUGUGAUAUUUCAAGAAUACUGCAAGUUUCCAACGGUUGCGUAAGCAAAAUUUUGGGCAGAUAUUAUGAAACAGGAUCAAUAAAACCUCGAGCGAUAGGUGGUUCAAAGCCACGCGUAGCUACUACCCCGGUCGUACAAAAAAUUGCCGAUUACAAAAGGGAAUGUCCCAGCAUAUUUGCGUGGGAAAUACGAGACCGACUGCUAUCGGAACAAGUUUGCAAUAGUGAUAACAUUCCAAGUGUUUCAUCUAUUAACCGAGUCUUACGUAACCUAGCUUCACAAAAGGAGCAGCAAGCUCAGCAACAAAAUGAAUCUGUUUAUGAAAAGCUUCGCAUGUUUAAUGGCCAAACGGGCGGAUGGGCAUGGUAUCCAAGCAAUACAACGACGACACAUUUAACGCUACCACCAGCAGCUACCGUUGUGACAUCUCCGGCCAAUUUACCAGGACAGGGCAAUCGGGAUGAUAGUCAAAAAAGAGAAUUACAAUUUUCAGUUGAAGUUUCGCAUACAAACUCUCACGAUAGUACGUCGGAUGGCAACUCUGAACAUAAUUCAUCUGGAGACGAAGACUCUCAAAUGCGGUUGCGCCUAAAAAGGAAGUUACAGCGCAAUCGGACAUCAUUUUCUAAUGAGCAAAUUGACAGUCUCGAAAAAGAAUUUGAAAGAACACAUUAUCCGGAUGUUUUUGCGCGAGAAAGGCUUGCAGAUAAAAUUGGUUUGCCAGAGGCACGUAUUCAGGUUUGGUUUUCAAACCGACGAGCUAAAUGGCGUCGAGAAGAAAAAAUGCGAACUCAGAGACGUUCGGCUGAUACCGUGGACGGCAGUGGUCGACCCAGCACGGCAAAUAAUCCUUCAGGAACAACUACAUCUUCCUCCGUCGCAACGUCAAAUAAUUCAACUCCAGGAAUUGCCAACGCAGCAAUUCUAGUUGCCGAACGAGCAUCAUCUGCAUUAAUUAGUAAUAGCCUACCCGAGGCUUCCAAUGGACCAACUGUUUUGGGUGGUGAAGCUAAUGCUACACACACCAGCUCUGAAAGCCCUCCACUUCAGCCAGCGGCACCGCGGCUUCCCUUAAAUUCUGGAUUCAACACCAUGUACUCAUCUAUCCCCCAACCGAUUGCAACGAUGGCUGAAAACUACAACUCCUCAUUAGGAUCAAUGACACCGUCAUGCUUACAACAACGCGAUGCCUAUCCUUACAUGUUUCACGAUCCGUUAUCACUAGGAUCUCCCUAUGUUCCAGCCCAUCACCGAAAUACAGCUUGCAAUCCCGCAGCUGCACACCAACAGCCACCUCAGCAUGGCGUUUAUACCAAUAGUUCUCCAAUGCCAUCAUCAAAUACAGGUGUCAUUUCUGCAGGCGUUUCGGUGCCUGUGCAGAUUUCAACGCAAAAUGUGUCUGACCUAACGGGAAGCAAUUACUGGCCACGUCUUCAGUGAUCGUCAAUCUUUGACUCACCAUCAGAUCUUUUGUCAAAGGCGACUGCUGCUGCAAUCAUUGCCGCACAAGCAUCUUCGGAAAGACAUAAACACCGAAAAGCGCAUUCAAUUGUUAGUAUACACACCACAAAAAGUAACAAAAACCCACCUAGUUUGAAGAACCAGACAACGUGCUGUUCAUCUAGAUAUUUAAACAUGACCGCCGGGUCGGGGAAGGAUGUAGAUGUUAUUAUAGGUCAAGGUCUUAUAGUUUCCUUAACACCCCGCGAUUCAGGAAAGCCGGAACUUUUUGACAGUCCUAACGUGAACUACCAUCAGGACUUUCAAGUAAUUUAGAAAGGGUGUUUCCCUUCAGCGUGAAACGUGUGGACUUC